GCGGUCGCCCAUUCGCCGGCGCGGCUGCGGCGCGAAGGGUGGCAGGCGGGGCGAGGGCCGGGAGCGAGGCGGCAGCGAGAGCGAUGGAUCUGGCGGUGGCGGUCGGCGGCGCGGGUGCGGCACAGCAGCACCAACAGCUGCGCGAUGAGGUGGCCGAGAAGUGCCAGAAGCUGUUCCAAGACUUCCUCGAGGAAUUCCAGAACUGCGAUGGGGAGGUCAAAUACCUGCGUGAUGCUGAAGAGCUGAUCCGGCCGGAGCGGAACACACUGACUGUGAGCUUUGUGGAUUUGGAGCAGUUCAAUCAGCAGCUCUCUACCACCAUUCAGGAGGAAUUUUACAGGGUUUACCCUUAUCUUUGCCGAGCAGUAAGGACUUUCGCUAGAGACCAUGGAAAUGUUCCUGCAAGCAAGGACUUCUAUGUUGCAUUUCAGGAUCUGCCUACCAGACACAAGAUUCGAGAACUGACAUCAGCCAAAAUUGGCUCGCUGUUGCGUAUCAGUGGGCAGGUGGUACGUACCCACCCAGUGCAUCCAGAGCUUGUCAGUGGAACCUUCCUAUGCCUAGACUGCCAGACAGUGAUUAAGGAUGUGGAACAGCAAUUUAAGUACACACAGCCAAACAUCUGCAGAAACCCAGUCUGUGCCAACAGAAGGAGAUUCCUGCUGGACACAAACAAAUCAAGAUUCGUUGACUUCCAAAAGGUUCGCAUUCAAGAGACGCAGGCUGAGCUGCCCCGAGGCAGCAUUCCUCGAAGCGUGGAAGUGAUCUUGCGUGCAGAAGCAGUGGAAUCUGCUCAGGCAGGUGACAAAUGUGACUUCACAGGAUCACUGAUUGUUGUGCCUGAUGUGGCUCAGCUGUCAACACCAGGAGUACGUGCAGAAACCGGCUCACGGGUUAGUGGGACGGAGGGCUAUGAAACCGAAGGAAUCCGGGGACUUCGUGCCCUUGGAGUCAGAGAGCUGUCCUACAAACUGGUCUUUUUAGCCUGUUACGUUGCACCAACAAAUCCACGGUUUGGUGGAAAAGAGCUUCGAGAUGAAGAACAGACUGCAGAAAGCAUUAAAAACCAAAUGACGGUGAAAGAGUGGGAAAAGGUGUUUGAAAUGAGCCAAGAUAAAAAUCUCUAUCACAAUCUGUGUACCAGCCUCUUCCCCACUAUCCAUGGUAAUGACGAAGUGAAACGUGGUGUCCUGCUGAUGCUUUUUGGAGGAGUUCCUAAGACCACUUCAGAGGGCACUUCACUGCGUGGGGACAUCAAUGUUUGUGUUGUUGGUGAUCCGAGUACAGCCAAGAGUCAAUUUCUAAAGCAUGUGGAUGAAUUCAGUCCUCGUGCUGUGUACACCAGUGGGAAAGCCUCCAGUGCUGCUGGUCUAACAGCAGCUGUUGUAAAAGAUGAAGAGUCACAUGAAUUUGUCAUUGAAGCUGGAGCACUGAUGUUGGCAGAUAAUGGUGUGUGUUGCAUUGAUGAAUUUGACAAAAUGGACGUGCGGGAUCAAGUAGCCAUUCAUGAAGCAAUGGAGCAGCAGACUAUAUCCAUUACUAAAGCUGGAGUAAAGGCUACCCUGAAUGCCAGAACCUCCAUUUUGGCUGCGGCAAACCCAGUGGGAGGGCGCUAUGACAGAUCGAAGUCAUUGAAACAGAAUAUAAACCUGUCAGCUCCCAUCAUGUCUCGGUUUGAUCUCUUCUUCAUCCUUGUGGAUGAAUGUAACGAGGUCACAGAUUAUGCCAUUGCCAGACGCAUAGUGGAUCUGCAUGCCAGAGUAGAAGAAUCUGUAGAUCGUGUCUAUUCAUUAGAUGAUAUCAGAAGGUACCUGCUGUUUGCGAGACAGUUUAAACCAAAGAUAUCUAAAGAGUCUGAGGACUUCAUAGUGGAGCAGUAUAAACGCCUUCGGCAGCGUGACAGCUCUGGAGUGACAAAGUCAUCCUGGAGGAUCACAGUGCGGCAGCUGGAAAGCAUGAUUCGCUUGUCUGAAGCUAUGGCCCGUAUGCACUGCUGUGAUGAGGUUCAUCCAAAACAUGUGAAGGAAGCUUUCAGGCUUUUAAAUAAAUCCAUCAUUAGAGUUGAGACACCUGAUAUCAAUCUAGACCAAGAUGAUGAGCAGGAAAUGGAGUACCAAGAAGACCAAGAUGGAGUCAAUGGUGAAGCAGAAGCUCCAGCUGGGGUCAAUGGUCUUGUGAAUGGGAUAGGUGGCCAUUCUGAGGAUGUGAACAAGGACGCAGCACCAAAAGCUUCUCUUAGACUGGGCUUCUCUGAGUACCGGCGAAUUUCUAAUCUUCUUGUCCUGCACCUCAGAAAAGCAGAGGAAGAAGAGGAUGAUUCAUCGUUAAAGAAAAGCGAACUUAUUAAUUGGUAUCUGAAGGAAAUUGAAUCUGAAAUUGAAUCAGAAGAAGAACUAAUAAACAAAAAGAAGAUCAUUGAGAAAGUCAUUCACCGACUUACACGCUAUGACCACAUUCUGAUUGAACUGUCCCAGUCAGGCCUGAGGGGUUCCAAAGAAGAGGAGACUUUUGAUGAAGACCCUUACCUGGUUGUCAACCCCAACUAUAUACUGGAGGACUAAGGGCUGAGAACUGGACUGUAGGACUGAAUAGUGACAUGUUGGAAAAUGCAUUCUUAGUGCAUUCUUGCAAUGGUUGCUGUAUAGCUAACGAAUCUGUACCAAUGCUUUAUUUUGGAACGCACCAAUAUUCAAUUAGUGAUGUAUGGUUGAUCACACACACUGAGCAUACUUGGAAAGUUUUUAAAGAAAUAACAUCUGUGAGUUUAAUUACUACUUCUGGGUUUCGCCAUCGUCACCCAGAUGCAGAGGAGACUCAUGCAGUCACUUUUUAGUGUCAAGUGAAGUAGGCACUUCUGUUUUAAAUGAGAGGAAUUUUCUUAUAUUCAUUAUUGUUUUAUUGUAUUUGGUAGACUUUUUAUGCUAUGGGCUUUUAUUGCUUUUCUUACUAACGUAAAUAAAAGACCAUUAAAUGUUUGGGGGUGGAUUUGUUGUUACUAGUAUGUGGGGUGUUAUUUUCUAUGACUCUGCUUUGAGACUGAAAAAUUAGUGAUCUAAACCCUUUGUAUCUUAACAAAGAUUAAAUUUCUUGGAUGAUAGAUGCUGUUUUAGGAAGUAUUUAAAUGCCAGUAACAAAUAAUGACAACUGAUAAAUUCUUUUUCUUUCUAGAUAUAAUAAAGCUGUGCAUGCUCCUGUUGCAAAAUUAGAACAGAAAAUUUAGAAUAGUUGAGCCCAAAGCAAGGCUUUUAGCUCAGGAUGGCCAUACCCUCCCAGCUAGAGGAAUGUCUUGACUCGUAAGUGACUUGAACAGUGCUAUCAUUUGUGAGGGAUUUUUAAGAGUGCAUGAGUGAAUGUUUACAGAUAAUUGUAUUAGAAAAUUUUACUUAAAUUUAUAUUGAUCUCAGUUAUGUGCUGUAUAGUAUUGGAUUAUUACAUUAUCUUAGAAGACAAAUAUUCAAGUUUUUUUAAUUCUUAUCAACCUGAUACCAGCACCUGUGAAAGAUCUGUAAAAGCUCAAAGAAUACCAUGAUAUUUUAAGUAUAGGUAGUGUAGACUAACUGCUUUUAAGUGAGAUCCAGAAAUGAAGCUUGUUUGUAAACUGUUACCACUUUCUUGCUAGUCUCUACUACCUUUGGGAUUGAUGGGGAAUUAGCUCAGAACUCAACUGCCAUUGCUGGACCUCUCCUUAGUGAGUUAGUACACAGAGUGCAUCUGCAGAACCACAUCCAACCCGAAGAAGCUCUGGGCACUUCUGUGUCUGAAGCCCAAGGGACUUUUGUCAGCAAGGUCUUGUGAUUUCCCAGCUGUCCCGGUACCUCUCUCACACAUUACAAGACUUUCCUGCCAUGGGCAUGCAGUCUUCCCUAGGGGUAUGUCAGGAUGGCAUAGGGAGGAAUUUUUGUAUGUGAUCUUUCCAUUAAUAGUUUCUAAUGAGAUUAAACUGUAAUUUAAGGUGGAAAAAUGUAUAUUUAUAUUCGUUUAGAAAGAUAAAAAUGUCUGUAAAAUCUGAAUUUCCAGCUUAAGUUUUUGCACUCCAGAAUAAGGAAUUUUAUAAUUUAUUUCGAAAUCAACUUUUCAAACCAGAGCAUAAAUAUAUUGGCCAAAUUUUAUCAGUAUUCAUAUAUUUUAAUAAGGCCCUUUUUCUCCUUGGAUCCUUUUAGCAUGUUAAAAGCUACGGUCAACAUUUGGGUUUGUUAUUAUUACUGUCAUUUCAAGGCUCAGCCUUUUGGUUCCAACAAUUUGUUAACAGUUGAAUAUUGUACCAAACAAGAACAGAAUUUGAGAAAAGAUUCUAAGUUGA